UCUCGUGAGAUUACUCCAAAACCCAGUUUGAACGCGAGUUCGCGCGGUUUACGUCACUUUCAUGAGACGCAUUUUUACUUCAUUGCAAGCUAAGUUAGUCAGCUAGCUAACAAGCUGCGUUGUUUUCAAGAAUGGCAACCUCUAAGAAGGGGAAGAAAGUUGUAAAUCAAGAGGAACUCCGGCGCUUGAUGAGGGAAAAACAAAGGCAAACAUCAGAUAAAAAACGCAUCGAGUCUCCUUUUGCUAAAUACAACAGUCUUGGGCACCUCAGUUGUGUCCUGUGCAAUGUGCAGGUGAAGUCCGAACUACUGUGGCCAACUCAUGUUCUUGGAAAACCUCACAAAGAGAAAGUUGCCGAGCUGAAAGGAGCAAAGGGUCAACCAGCCACACAACAAAGUCAUCCACUGAAGAGAAAAGCACCGGACAACGAUGACGCUGACGGGAAAAAGACGAAACCCUCGUCGGAUGCGGGUCAGUCUGCCUCAGAGCUGCCAAGAGAUUUCUUUGAGAAUCGCAGUGAAGUCAAAGUGGUUUCUACUCAAAAGUCUGCAGGUCUCAGUCUGUUGGCUGGAGUUUACGACGAGGACGGUGAUGAAGAAGAUGCUGAAGAGGCAGGAACUUCAAAUGUCCCCCAACAGGCUGACUCCGCGGGACUACCAGCUGAUUUCUUUGACAGCUCCGUCCCAUCCACACCUGCAAUUUCUCAUUCAGGAUCCAUCAUAAAAGCAGACGUUCAGGAGAAAAUCACAGAAAAGAAAGAUAACACCGCCGAAGCACUGCCCGAGGGCUUCUUCGACGAUCCUGUAAGAGAUGCCAAAGUGCGCAACGUCGACGCACCCAAAGAUCAAAUGGACAAGGAGUGGGAAGAGUUUCAAAAGGAGAUACGACAGGUGAACACAAAAUCAGAGGCCAUCGUGGCGGAGGACGACGAGGAGGGCCGUCUUGAACGUCAGAUUGACGAAAUUGAUGAACAAAUUGAGUGUUACAAGAGAGUUGAAAUAUUGAGAGACAAGCGGGAUGUAGUGAAGAGCAAGCACCUGCCCAAAAAGGAUGAACAUAUGGGGAAAGAUGACAGCAACGACGAGGAAGAAGAGGAUGAAGAGGAGCUUUUGGGGCUUUUGUCCCGGGACUGGAGGGCUAAAGGGGCUCUGGCCUGAGUGUCUCCACAGCUUUUGGAACUGUGAGAAAGAAGUAAUACUUGACUGGUUUCAGUUUUGUCCAGGAUGGUGAUAAAACAGGCCUUAAAUCGGGAUUGUUUUGGUUAAAGUCUGUCAAUCCAGCAGUUGUAAAUAAGUUUAUGAAAAGAUCAUCACCAUCUCUUUUUGUAUGUUCCAGACUGGAUUAAAUGUGAUAAGUUUUGUGUAACAACCGUGUAAAACAUUUUUGUUUAGUGCCACUGAAAGAUACGGUUUCUCGUUUCACUGGCUUAAAAAGACCAGAUGGACCACAAAUCAAACUUUGAAUUGUGUUUAUUCAUUGGUGCUCACACAAAAACACAUUCAUAAAACCCCCCAUGUACAGUAGCAGCAUGGAUCCAAAAAUCUGUCAUAAUGGCCAAAGCUGUUACAUUUUGAUCUCAAGUAACCAUUAUCCUGCAAAAAGAUGUAGUCGACUAUGUUAAGUUUAUAAAUAACUGGUUCAUGUUACAUUAUAAGCAACAUGCAAAGCACAACAGAAUUAUUUUUUUUAAAAAAUGUACAACGUUUAGAUUAAGACAAGUAAAGUUUUACCAACCCUACCCCCUUCACAAGAUACCGGAAAUGUGGGAAUACAUUUGAACCAUUUUUACAGAAUACAACAAUGUCUCAGUAUGACAAAUCUGUAAAUACAUCAUUAUUAGGCCCAUAAAAUGGAAUAAAAUGAAUCAAGUAAAGAGAGAUGUCAGUGCUUAUUAUACUACCUGUUACACAUUGUAAGCUAGGUGUGCCUUCUGCCUACUGCAACUUUAAACAAGCAAUAGCGAUAUCAUUUUUUUAUUGCUACAUAUGCCGCAAGAGUUACUGUCUCAAAAUUCUUUCUGAAUUAAGUGUUCUUAGCCCUUCAAAACUUGUAGAACUGAAAAUUGCAAAAAUAAAGCACAGGUGGACUAAACACAAUCAUAAUGUAGCAAUGGACUUAAGAUAAAUGAGGGGGAAAAAAUACUGAAACUUCAUUUAGCUUAGAAAGGAGCACACCAAAGUCCUGCUCUUCAGCCUGUGAAUGCUCGACUGUGUGUCUCAGUGAAGGAAUCUGUCUAAAAAGAACAAAACGACUCACAAAAACAUUGUAUUUCUAGUAGUCAUUUGUAAACAUUCAUAACAUUGUAUCUCAGGUACUAUAAAUAAGGUUAAGGUGAGUUGUACCAGAUGUUUGUUGGGUGGAGACAUCUGCAAUAGACUGACAACUGCAGCCUCCAGACAAAAAUGUUACAUGAACAUGAGACAGACUAGUUGAAAACAAACUAACUAACA